ACCUUAAUUAUUUUGUUUUUUAUUGCAUUUGUUUCCUCACCCUCUUUAAUGGCACUAGCCAACAACAACAUUAUACAUAGUUCAAUCCUAAGCAACAAGUUUCAAUCUUGUGUUUUUGAUGAAACUACUAUAGAGAUUAACUCUAUAAUGUCUCAUAAAAAAUCUAUGAUUGAAGAUGAAGAUGGUUCACAAAGCACUAAUGGAUUAAGCAAUGAUUCAGCUUCAGCUACAACAAAUUCUACUACCAUUUGUGGUGGUAGCAAAAAAGGGUAUGUUUAUAACAACACAAGUUAUGAACUUGAUGAAGAAGAGUCUUUGAUUAAUUUCAAAGGCAAUGAUGAGUACUACAAUAAUCUCAUGCAAAGUAGUGAAUCUUUGCUUAGUUUUCAGCAGAGCUGGAAUAUGGUUUCCAAUGAGAAUAAUUUGCAACAAUGGAAUCAUGUUAGUCCUAAUUUCAAUAACUUUGAAACUUCUAGUGGAUCCUAUGGAUCCAUAUUCAAUAGUACAAAAGAGAAGCAAAAUGGUGAAAGUUCAUGUGGGUGGUUAUACUCUGAACCAAAUGUCCAUUGUGAUGAUGAUGAUAGCCUUAAAGAGUCGGAAACACAUGAAUCGGUGUUGAAGAAGCGCCCAUCAAUGGGAGAGAAUAUGCAAUCUGCCAAUGCCAAGAAACCAUGCACAAAUGCAAGUAAAAAAGAAAAACCUAAGUCAAAUCCUUCUAAGGAUCCUCAAAGUGUUGCUGCCAAGAAUAGAAGAGAGAGAAUAAGUGAGAGGCUCAAGAUCCUACAAGAACUUGUACCAAACGGUUCCAAGGUUGAUUUGGUUACCAUGUUGGAAAAAGCAAUUAGUUAUGUGAAGUUUCUUCAGUUACAAGUCAAGGUGUUGGCAGCUGAUGAAUUUUGGCCUGUUAAUGGUGGAAAAGCUCCUGACAUUGGUCAAGUAAAGCAAGCAAUUGAUGCAAUUCUUUCAUCUCCAAGAUGAAAAAUGUAGAUUUUCGAUCCAAGAAAAUAAAUGUCAUCAUAAUUCAAGCACAACUUUGCAUACAAAACAACCCAAAAGGGAAUUUUAGUUAUUCAGAAUACAUAACAUUUUCUGAUUUGUUAACUUCUAAAUUAAUAUGUAACAAAAAAAAAAAAAAAAUUGAACAUCUUGUGUUUUAGUAGUGUAUGUGUACUAUUCACCAAGUAUAUCUGUGUCUAAGUUGUACUUUUCUUUGUACUACUAAGUGGUGUUAGAAGCAAGGUUUUAAAUUGCGGUUGCGGUCGUGGAUGCGGUUGCGGUUGCAGGUAUUGCGAUUGCAGCUAAUGCGGACACUGCGAUGCAAUUGCGGCCGUUGCGACGUGAAAUAAUUUUUUAUCCGCACAAACACAGAAAAAAUACUAUAAUUAUUGUAAUUCCUUAUAUAUCUUUUACUUAUAAUUCUAUAUAAAUUUUAAUUCAUUUUUAAGUCAUCGAGACAUAAGAAGACAAAAACUCUAAAAUGAAAGGACAUAAAGGAAAAAAUAAAGGUGAGAUUCUCUGAAUUUUUACGAAAAGGAAUAUUGGAUUGAACCGUUGCGGCCGUUGCAGUCAAAACUCCGUUGUGUUGCGGUGAAAUGCUGUUGCGUUGCGGUUGCGUUGCGGCAUCACGUGUGAUUUUAGUUCACACCGCAAUUGCGGUCCGAUGCGGUUGCAGUGCCUACCGCAUCCGCAAUAUUGCGGCCGCAUCAGGUGAUGCGGUCCGCAAUUUAAAACCUUGGUUAGAAG